AUGUAUACAAACAACCACCUCCCAGGGCUCUUGCUCCUCUCCCUAGCCCUAACGGGCGCGGCCUCCUCCUCCCACAAAACCACCAUCGACGCCGACGUCGACGUCGCCAUCAUCGGCGGCGGCCUUUCCGGCCUCAGCGCCGCCAAAGACCUCUCCGCGGCAGGUAAAUCCUUCGUGGUGCUCGAAGCGCGCGAUCGCGUCGGCGGUCGCGUCUACAACGUCCCCGUGCAAGGCGGGGGAUUCACCGAAGCCGGUGCCGAAUUCGUCGGACCGACACAAGACCGCGUGAUCGCGCUCGCAGACGAACUCGGGCUCGCCCAAUUCCCGACCUACAAUCUCGGCAAUAACACGCUGUACCGCAAUGGCACGGCCUCGCAUUAUGAUCCGAAUACCUCCACGGGCCUCCCGCCGGGGAUUAGCACCGAUGCGCUCCUCCAGGCCGUUGCGCUGAUCGGCGAGUUGGAUCGUAUGGCGGAGAGUAUUAAUGUCGGGGCGCCGUGGAAGCAUGCAAAUGCGACGCGGUGGGAUGAGGUGACGUUGCAGACGUUUGCGGAUGGGAUGUUGACGCAUUCGGAUGCGCGGUUUCUCCUGGAAUUAGGGGUUGGGGCGAUCUGGUCGACGAGCAUGGCGGAGCCGUCGCUGCUCUACAUCGCGGCUUAUAUUGCGGCGGCGGGGAACGAGACCUCCGUGGGCACCUUGGAGAGGUUGACGGGCGUGACGGGCGCCGCGCAGGAUAGUCGGAUCCGCGGCGGGACGGGGCUGCUGGCGACGAGGCUGGCGUCGAAGCUGGGGGAUGAGAAGAUCCUGUUGAAUUCGCCGGUGCGCGCGGUCCGGAAGGCAGAGGAGGGGAAGUACACGGUACAGUCGGAUGGGCAUACGGUCACGGCGAAGCAUGUUGUUGUUGCGAUGUCGCCGCCUCUGGCUGCGAGGAUCUCCUACGAUCCGCUGCUACCGCCGGGGAGGGACCAACUGACGCAGCGCAUGCCGAUGGGAGCGCUGGGCAAGGCGAUCGCAAUCUAUGACUCGCCGUGGUGGCGCGAGAAGGGCCUCAACGCGCAGGUGCUAAGCGAUUCGGGGGCGGUGCGCUCGACGUUCGACAGUUCGCCGCCGGACGGGAGCUUUGGCGCCAUUAUGGGAUUCAUGGAGGCGGACCAGAUGAGGUGGUUGGAUCGGUUGACGGAGAAGGAGAUCCAGGACGAGGUGGUCAAGGACUACGUGCGGUAUUUUGGACCGCAGGCGGCGAAUGUCAGCUCGUGGGUUAUUCAGCGCUGGGACCAUGAGGAGUUCUCCAGAGGUGGACCGGUAGCGUAUGCGCCGCCAGGGGUAUUAACGAGAUAUGGCGAGGACUAUCUCAGGAAGCCAGUGGGUGGAAUCCAUUUCGCGGGCACCGAGACGGCGGAGUACUGGACGGGUUAUAUGGAUGGGGCCGUGAGGUCGGGGGAGAGGGUUGCAAAGGAGAUUCUGGAUGCUUUCUAG